AACCAAUUUAAUUCAAGAAGAAAAAGAAGACGACGAAGAAGAACUCGAACGCCGAAGUUGUUUAUGCUGGCGGUAAAUACAAAUAACAGAAGGCGUUGCUAAAGCAAAACAUAAUUGUUGUGAUGCUGCCGUGUCCAGAUUCAUCCGUGGGUAAAGGAGACAGUCUGCAUCAGCAAGUUUUGUCCGCGUUCCCGCUGUGCCAUCUGACCGAAAAUGAUCUGAUCCAGAACCCUCUGUUCUGCAAGCUCCUGGCUACGCUGUCACAGCACGUGGAUCGCACCGGACUGACUUUACCCUUGAGAAAAGAGCUGGAAAAGGCAGAGAAGGAGCUCCGGGCGCAGAAGUUGGGAUGGCUCCGCUUGGAAAGCGUGCACAGAAUCCUGCAAGAGAUGGUCCAGGAAUAUCGCUUCAGGCAGCACCACGACAGGGUAGGACCAGCCGAGGACACGUUCUAUCUCACUCUGGAGCGGUGUUUGCUGGUGGCUCGGUGCGUCCGGCAGCUGGACCCGAGCGGCACCGUCGGCCAGGAGCAACCCCUCGUCCUGGGGCUCUCUGCUGAGAAAGUGCUGAGUCAGCUGCCUCCACAACAGGACGUGUGGCAAAUGAAACAGAGGCUACCGAUAGAACUGCAGAAGCACCUGAAGAAGAAACUCUUUAACCUCCUCUCCUACUACCAGCCCGAGUGGGAAAAUGAAAGCGAGGGUCUCAGGUGUGUGAAGCUUUCGAAGCUGCCAGGACUGCUGGAGAGCGAGCGCAGCAGAGCAGAGAGUCUGACUGAGAAGAACCGAGAGAACGGCACCCUGUUGCAGCGCCAAACUCACUCCUACCUCUCUGAACUGCUGGAAUGCAUGCAGCUCCUACAGACGCUUGUCCUCGACCUCCGACUCAACGUGCAGAAAGAACUCGACAGGAAGAAGAUUGAAUACUUUGAGGCCAAAUGUGAGAUUGGAAUUCAGAAGAUAAGGGCAGAGAUGCUGGAGGUGCAGCUCGACUCCUACACACGAGAUAAGAUCGCAGCACAUCAGAAAAUCACAGAGAAGCUCAGUGCUGAGCUGAAGGCGUGCCACAUGGAGAAACAGUCGCUGGAGUCCAGACUGGCGUCCUUCGAGAUCUACGGCAGAGAGUUUGAAGUCCUGGCGGAGGAAUAUUCCAGACUGAAGCAGGAGGUCGCAACAAAAUCCUGGGCACUGAAAGAAUUUACAACGUAAACCAUCCCAGCAAGCAGGCAGAACCAGUACGAGUCAGACCUGAUAUUCGGAAGCACCAAACUUCAUCAGUAAAGAUACACAGAUGUUACUUUGCUUGUGACUAUUGUUUCCAAGUACAUCACUGUUAAUAGCAUAAGUGUUACUAAUUUUGAGUAUUAAAUUAUACAAUAAUGGCUCAAUUCAUCAUUAGGAUGCCCUUCAGAGGACAUUUUUAGGUUAGUCUGAUUCAACGUUCUUCCAGUCUGUGCUGCAUUCAGGGGAAGGUUAGAUGAAUGAGUAAUAACAUUUGAAUUUCUUUCCACCAAACCAAUCUAUUCAAACAUUUUCCAGGAUUUUUAACUGAGCUAACAACAUUAAAAUCUUUUUCACUUUUA